UGUCACGUACCUAUCCAAUGUGGACACCUGCAUCUGAUAAUACCUAUAAGAUUCAAUCUUGGAAGAUUCCGAUACACGCACCCGCAAUUAGGCUUCUAUGUGCCUGUUUGCCUAAUACCUAGGUACCUUCCCAGGUAAUACCUUAAGUACAUAAAAGCCCCGCGUCGGUCCUGCUGUAUUUGACCCCCCAUUGGACCCCUCAAACCCCCUCGUGAUACAUACUGGCGAACUCAAGCAGAGCUACUUCCACUAGAAAUUACCACCGUCCUUCUUUCUUCCUUGUAGCUUCCUUUCUCAUCCUCCUACUCGCCAUAGCCUACAAUCUGGCUGCCCCACGAGCUCUUUCCCGUCUUACCUCGUAUCUUAACCAGAUACGACCAAAGACUAUUCCCUCAACAACUCUCUUCCCCUUCACACGCUCAACUUCUCCAGAUCGAUCAAUUGUGACCGCCACUAUGGCUCCGGAUAAGUACAAGAACCCUCCCCAGGCACCGCCGACUUUCACGGGUACCAAGGAGUCUAUUGUCAAAGACGCCCAGACCAUUUGCGACACUACGAGGUCUUUGCUAGACAAGCUUGUUGCUGAUGUGUCUGCCUCAACCGCAACUUUUGCUUCGGUCCUAGCACCCAUAGCAGGAGAUGAGGACGAGUCUCAGUUGAACACUCGAAUCCUCGGCUUCUACCAGUAUGUUUCGAGCGACGCUGACCUAAGAAAUGCUUCCACCGAGGCGGAGAAGAUCAUGGAUGAAUUCUCUAUUGAGUGCAACAUGCGCGAGGAUGUUUUCAAACUUGUCGAUGCUGCCUUCCAGGCUCAGAAGAGUAAAGAGCCCGAUCUCGAUGCCGAAAGCUUGCGACUACUCGAAAAAGAACGGAAGGGUUAUAUCAGGAAUGGAUUAGGACUACCCCAGGGUCCCCAGCGAGAUCGCUUUAAGGAGAUUAAAAAACGUUUAAGCCAGAUAGGUAUCGAGUUCCAAAAGAAUCUCAAUGAAGAGGACGGCGGGCUAUGGUUCACCAAGGAAGAAUUAGACGGCGUUCCGUCUGACGUGACCGAUGGUUUAGAAAAGGGAACAGGGGAGAACGAGGGAAAACUGAAGCUUAGCUUUAAGUAUCCUGACCUUUUCCCUACCUUAAAGUUCGCUAAAAACCCGGAAACGAGGAAGAAGGUCUUCAUUGCAAACGAGAACAAGACUAACCAGAACGUCGCCCUCUUCAAAGAGGCUGUUCUAUUGCGUGAUGAAGGUGCCCGACUCCUAGGCUACCCCAAUCAUGCCGCUUUCCGCAUAGAAGAUAAGAUGGCUAAGGAGCCAGCUACGGUCAACGUCUUCUUAUCAGAUCUUCGAAAACGCCUCGCGCCGGGCGGUGAGAAGGAAACGAAUCAUUUGCUUGAACUGAAGAAAAAAGAUGAGGAGUCGAGAGGUCUUAAGCCGGAUGGAAACUAUUACCUCUGGGACCAUCGCUUCUACGACCGCAUGAUGGUGGAGCAGGAAUAUAACAUUGACGAGGUCAAGAUUGCGGAAUAUUUCCCGUUGCAAAGCACAGUUCGAGCCAUGUUACACAUCUUUGAAGAGUUAUUUGGUCUAGUUUUCGUGGAACUAGACCCCAGCGAGCGUAAGAGGUUAUCUCCGACCAGUAAGGCCGAAGAUAUUGCUUGGCAUGAAGAUGUCAUUCUCUUCUCCGUCUGGGAUGACAGCUCCGAGGGUGAUGGCUUUGUUGGCUAUCUCUAUCUCGAUCUACACCCACGGCAAGGCAAGUAUGGCCACGCUGCCAACUUCAAUUUGCAACCCGGUUUCCGGAAGAAGGACGGAACGCGUAGGUAUCCUGCUACUGCCCUCGUAUGUAACUUCUCUAAGCCGACGGAGAAGAAGCCCUCUCUCCUGAAGCACGACGAAGUGGUAACCCUUUUCCACGAGCUUGGACAUGGUAUCCAUGAUUUGUCUGGCCGAACUACGUACAGUAGAUUCCAUGGCACGGCGACAGUUAGAGACUUCGUUGAAGCUCCGAGUCAGAUGCUUGAGAAUUGGUGCUGGACACCUAGUCAGCUCAAGGCCCUCUCGAAUCACUAUGAAACUGGCGAGAAGAUCCCCGACGAAUUGAUCGAGAAGCAGAUCUCAACCAAGCACGUCAAUGACGCGCUAUUCAACCUUAGGCAAUUGCAUUUUGGUAUCUUCGACAUGACAGUGCACUCCCCUGCUACCCACGAGGAACUAGAAAAGACUGAUUUCAGUGCCCUAUUCAACGACCUACGGACCCAGAUCGCUGGCCUUAAGGGCCCUGAAGCUCUUGGAGAGCCAAGCACCUGGGGUAAUGGACAGGCAACCUUCGGUCAUCUCAUAGGGGGUUACGACGCAGGUUACUACGGCUACCUAUCCUCGGAGGUCUACAGCACCGAUAUGUUCUAUUCCGUCUUCAAGAAAGAUCCAAUGAAUGGAAAAGAGGGCCGUAGAUACCGCCAUACCGUGCUAGAGCGCGGAGGUAGCCAGGACGAAAUGACGACUCUUGAACAAUUCCUUGGUAGAAAACCUAGCAGUGACGCUUUUUAUGCGGAGUUGGGUCUUACUGCACUUACAUCUGCAGCGUAAGAAAAUAUUUAUAGAUGGGCCAACGCUAUGGUAUGGUCUAAUAUAGAUAGUAUGGAGUUAUUCCGAGGUUUGCAAGUUGUUGCUACUGCCUCUACUCCGGCUAUAUACUAGUAGAUCUCCUAAUUCCUCCAUUACUUUUAUGGAGCCAAUUAGCCUACUAUAGAACUGAUUAAAAUGCGAAAUAAAGAUUUUGUAUUAUA